CGUGUGGGGACCGGUCCGUGAGGUGAGGGGCCGGGACGCUGUUCCUCCGUCCCUCCCGUCCCGUUGUCCGCUCGCUAUCCGUCCUAACCCCGCUCCCGGCCUCGAGGAGCCUCCCGCUGAGGGGACGCUACCGGCAGCCGCCGCGCUCCGAGCCGCGGGGUCCUGGCGAGGAUGGACAGGUGCCGCAUGCUUGAUCCUUUUGCCGCACAUCAUGAAUACAUGCGGCAGAUGAUGAGAAGCUUUUCUGAUCCCUUUGGACGAGAUCCAUUUUUCAGUAUAACAGAUGGUGGGGAGAGAACAGUAGAUCGAAGAGUGCGCCAGGAUUCUCAGGUUGCUCUGAGAGGAAAUCGCAGAGCAACAAGCUACUCCCUCAUGCCCUUUGCAGGCUUUGGUAGCAUGCAAGAUGCAGAUUUUGGGGACCCUUUUUUUGCGAUGGACAGAAUGAUGUCAAAUAUGAGAAACAGCAUGCUGGAAAUGCAAAGAAAAUUUGAUGAGCUGUCUGUCCAUCCAGAUGCACAUACCUUCAGCUCCUCCUCUGUGAUGACAUAUUCCAAAAUAGGGGAUGAACCACCAAAAAUUUUCCAAGCCUCAGCUCAGACACGCACAGCUCCAGGAGGUGUUAAAGAGACAAGGAGAGCACUUAAGGAUUCUGAAAGUGGACUGGAAAAAAUGGCUAUUGGUCAUCACAUUCAUGACCGUGCCCAUGUCAUAAAAAAAUCAAAGAACAGGAAGACUGGUGAUGAAGAAAUAAACCAAGAAUUCAUCAACUUGGAUGAAACUGAGGCCCAGACCUUUGAUGAGGAGUGGCAGAAAGAGAUAACCAAGUUCAAGCCGUCUAGAACCAGAUACAAUUUAGAAGCUCCAAAAUACAGAAGCGUUCAGCACAUACCUAAGGAAGAUGGAUUAAAAAGAGAGAAACCUCUUGUAUCUGUGGGUUCCAGGGGGCCCAGAGUUUCCAUGGAGAACCUCAGUGUGAAAGGAACGCAUGUUCCCAUCAAAAGCAGCAAAAAAUAAAAUGUUUCCAUUGUCCACUUGGAUGGAGAUUCUUCAAAGAAGAUAAUGGUGCUGCACUGCUUAUGUUCAUAUAAGUAUACACAUGUAUGACCAAUCUCUGUCUCUUUUAGUGUCUUGCUACUCUCAUCUAUUGACUACUGAAUGUUGUUUAAAACUUCAGCUCCUAGGCUAAGUCAUCUAGUGUCAGUGAAUACAAAAAAAACACACAACAAAAACCUUUCUACUUAAAAGCACUUUAAUAGUUUAUCAGUAAUUGUUUGAAAAUAUAUGCUUUGGUUAGCAGAGUCUUCUCUACUUACAACUGCACCAGUCUCAAAGUUUUUAUUAAGCCUGAUAAUUAUUUUCCUCCACGUUGUGCAACUUGCACAGAAUGUGAAUUCUGUUCUUGCUUUGUGUGGCCAAAACUUGUUCUGGUGAUACAGCAAUCAAUAGCCAUUUCAGUACACUGUAGCCUCUCUAAUUAUAGCUUUUAAUUCAUACUUUAAAUUGAUGUAGAAUCCCCAGAUUCAUCUUGAUUUUAAAGUGAAGAAAAGUGGGAGGAGUACUAAAAUAACAUCGUGUUUAUCAGCAUUCUUAUGUUCAUAAGCUGCACUUGCAUCUCUCAUCUCCAUCCCCAGCCUGUUAAUCUAUUUCUGAUCCUUUGGAUGUUUCCUUUGGAGGUAGCCCAUUCUUCAUUAUUGAAGGUUCUCCAUAGAUGUUUUUCAUUAGAGUAAUAUCACUGUGUCCUAAGAAGCUCAGCUCCUAAUUGGAAAAAUGUGGGAGAAAUGGUUCAGUAAUGUGCAACCAUUCAUUAUCCCAUUUCUUGUCCUAAAAAACUAAAAUAUCCCUAUAUGCAGGAAAUACUUCUCCCUCAGCUGAGAUGAGAUCAGUUAUAUUAUUUCAUGCCCUGACUUAGUGGAUGUAGAAGGAUCCUACAUCUAACACUUGAUCUCCCUUAACACUUUUUUCAUCGUUUGCUGAAGGGGUCUGGUGUUCUAUGGGAAAGCAAACUGACUGAGAACAGGAAGUGUCUCUGUAUUAGUGUUAAGUGUGUGUGCUGUCUUGUUACUCUGAAUUGAUCUCAUGUUGUAAAUUUCUGUAGAUAUAACACGUUAGCAUUAGCACUAAAGCAUAUAUUUCAAGGCUAAAACAUUAUCGUGUAGCCUUCAAAAAAGUCACUAUGUUAAAAUUGUUUAAUAUUCAUAAGACUAAAAGAAAUAGUCUAGGUUGUAUCUUCCUGCAGAUUCCUCCGAUUAAUGUUAUUAAUGUGUAAAAAAAAAAGGUACUUCUGUUGAACUGACAAGAGGAAGACAAUAGUUUCUCUGCUUGUUUAACACAGUGGCCUUCUUUCAGUUAUUAGAGCAAAUACUAGUAGCAAUAAUUUUUUUUGCUGUUGCACUGUUCCACCAGCAGUCAAGGUAAGAGGAUUUACUGUAGUAGGCAGCAUGUGUUCUAGCUCAGACAUGCGCACAUCCCUUCUGCUGCCAAUGCUGUGGGAGCAGAAACCUCUGACAGGGAAAUGGGCAGAAAGCCACGUGUAAUAUCACACUAAUAAUACCUGUGGAGGAUGUCUGCCAGAACCCUUAAUCUAAGGAUGCUUUUAUUCUCUUCAGAAGGUAAGAGUACAGCUUAGGGCCUGAUCCUUCAUGCACUGAAGACAACAUCAAUUUUGCAAUUAAUGUAAUUGAGAAUAUCAGGCCAUAGAGGUAUAUUUCAGGUGUGUCACUUAAAUUUCCUAAUGAUAGAUAGCAGGAAACAUUACGUUGUAACUUCUCUCAAAAUUCAGAUUUCUGCUGAUGUUGCUAUUUAACAGAAGACAGAAUUCAUCUGACUGCUUAUAUUUUUGCCUAUGCUUUACUGGGAUGGAUGAAUAUACACAACAGAGAAAUGAGAACAUCAUGGGUUAUAAAAUCUUAGUAGAAAGGGGCUAAUAGUCAUUAUAGACUACUCUGUUAUGCAAAACAAUGUUAAUGUUAUGCAAGAGAAAUUGUUCUACAUAGGAACAUCUGAAACUGUAGUUCUUUAAUAAAGAGUUAUUUAUUAUUUA